AUGGGAGGGAGCCUACCCACUCAAAGCAGAGUUGAACGAAAUGGACAGCUGGAUCCUAUCAGUAUUGGACCAUUGGAUACAACAGACCAGAUAAAAACAGGAGCAUUUGAUAUCAGCGCUCCCCAGUGCCAAAGCACAGACCAGCAUUUGCAUCUUGUAAAAGUGCAUUCUUCAGAUUUUCCAACUGGUCCUACAUCAGAUCCAAUGAAGCACUGCACUGUGUGUAUGUAUGACAGACAAAUCACAGAAGAAACAAGCGACGUGAAAUUGCAUUCUGUACAUCAGGAAGAAACAGAAGAAGACUCAAUGUAUGAAGUUAUAGUGUCUGACUGCAAAGAGUGCCUGAGCCUCAAUGGUGAAGUAAAGGAAGUAAAAGGAGAGGGGAAAGAGAAAAGCAGGGACGAGAGUGAAAAACUUAAGCAUGGAUUGGUCACUGUUGGACUUGCAGACCAGUCAGGAGGAGCCAGUUUUGCAGAAUCUGAGAGUCCCAGAGUCUGCUACAUAACUGCCCCAUGUGAGGUUGCAAAUGUCAUGACAUGUGAGGUAGUUGAUGGCCUAAGUUCUCUCAUGGUAUCAGGAUCAGAGGAGCUGGUCAGCAGUGUUCUCCGCAUUUCAAACUUCAGCCACAUCAAAUGUCCCUUCCCACUCAGCAUAGCAGUGCCGUUCCGAGCGAGUUACCGUGGGAACUAUAGAGAGAUUACAGUGAAAGUGUUGGAUCUGGAACAAAGAGUUAGCUAUGUUACUCCAACAUGUACCAAAGGUUUCUAUGGAGGACAAAGGGGAUCAUUUGCAGUAGUGCGGGUGUAUUCUCUGGGUGUGUUCGCGGUUCUGUCCCGUUUGAGGACGGAGAGUUUUACUGUACCAAAGGCUGGACUGUCUCUCAAACUCAGUGUGGACUCCAGGAUAUGCCUCGACUACUUGCCUGGUUCCUUCGCUGUACCAAUUGUUGCUCAAGUAAUGGUUCAGCCAGUGGACGCUGCUAUUUUAUCCUCUCUUAAAUCCAAAAAUGAUUCCUACCAUGCUGCUCUCACAUCAACUCCCUUACUGUACCUAAGCCACCCCUCAAAACUUAAACUCAGACGACCUUUCACGCUUAUCUUGCCAUGUCCUUCUAUCUCGAGACGAGACGAUACUGACAGACCCAUUCCAGCACCAGGCCAUCUUUCAUCCCAGCAGAUUAGGGUUGAUAGUGCCUCAGUUAAGUCUCCAAAAGACUGUAAAGAGCAGCUUGCUCCACUGGUCUGGACAGAGAACCAUUGGGAAGUUUUAGAUAAAGUCAUUGUAAGGAACCUACAGAAUGGUCUGGUCUCUUUUGAACUUUCCGAGAGCUAUGAAAGGUUAAUAGUCCUUCGCUUUCAAUCCUCUGUAAAAUCUUCCUACCUGACUUCUUUCGUUGAAGAGCUGGAAGAAGCUGUAAAGAUCUUCUCAGUCACCACUGUACUCCAUCAUGAGCGUCUGGACCCCAAAAGUGUGGUUGUGGCCACACUGACAAGCACAGAUCUUACCUGGGAGCUCUCUGAACUCCAGGCCCUGGAUUACUGUGGACCUCCAGAGCCUUCGUCAAAAAUCUCCAUGAGGGAGGGACAACAGCUGCUGCUCAGGUUCAGUGGGAACAUAACCUGCAUUGGCUACAUUCACUGUGUGUAUGUACUUGUUUCUUGUAUACUUCUACUUGUGGUCAUAGGUAAUCAGGGGACAGAUUCUCACAUAAUCACAUUUCACAACCAAAGAAGGAACCGGCUCUAUUUGAGAUUAAAAGAAGUGGACCCCUUUGGCAAUUACAGCUCUCCUCACUACAAAGGUGUUGCCAGUUUAUUCAGGGUCACCAAAGGUCACUUGGUCUGGAAUGGUGACACAGUGGCCCUGUCUAAAGACUGUCCUCUAGAAGAGCCUGUCUGUAGGCUUCCACUCACUUUGCCCAAGAGUGCCAGGACCAUCUUUCGACCUGUAAGUGCAUAUAUAUUGCGGCACAGUGAACCAGUUAGUAGUGAAAGUGUUUGUUUUCCAGAUCCUCUCUCAGAUGAGCUGUUAUCAUGGCUCUGUGAUGAGCUCACUGAGGACGAUGCAGCACUUCUCGCCAUGUCUCUCCGUCUUCGCCGCUCCGCUGUACAGAUCGCCCGCCUCCGCGCACCAUACAGCCUCUCUCAACAAGCUUUUCACAUUCUGACAGCUUGGAAAAGGGGCCUUCCUUCCACCUCUUCAAAAUGCUCCAUGCUGGCAAACUGCUUGACUCGCUCUGGAAGGCCUGAUCUUGCUAGAGAGCUGUUGCUCAGGGAGGCUGCAGAUAAAAAAUAG